GGCCCUUUUUCGUGGACGGACUGGUGUUUCAGCUUAAUGAUUCCGCCUCCGCUCACGGGUCAUCAUAAAAGUUAAGCGUUCAGUUACGUUUACACGGAGAAAAAACAUGUUUUGGCAAACUAAUAGUUUUAAAUUUUUUUAAGAGUGCCCUUUUUAAGUCAGGCAUCAUAAUGACAUGUUGAAAACAAAUUACCCAUGUUUCUACGGAUAUCAACAACUUAAUAUCGGAGGUAUUGAUUAUAAAAAGGAAAUUCUUGUCAAUUAUGUUGAAUUCUAAAUAGUUGCGAAGUUUAAUUUCUGGAAACACAAGUUAGCAAAUGUUCCUCAUUAAUUAAUGUUAAUAGAGUGCGUAUAGACGCACGGUGCUUUACGGGUGAUCCCGGAAUGGACGAUGACACACCAGAGGAGGUCUUGGCUCAGAUCAAAGAGGGGCAGAUCGGAGGUUGGGGUGUCGCUCAGAUCGCUGUCGGCACUGGGUUGGCCGUAUAUGCAAUGUGGGUGGGAAUCCUUCAGCCAGGUUUCCGAAAAGUACCGCUUAAACUGCAGGUUCCCUACAUUCCUGCCAGCAAAAACCAAGUGCAGAAUGUGAUGACUUUGCUGAGAGGUCGAAAAGGAAACCUUGUGGAUUUGGGAUCUGGUGAUGGGCGUAUUGUCCUAGAAGCUCAUAGGCAUGGUUUCAGCCCAGCUGUUGGUUAUGAGCUCAACCCCUGGCUCAUUUCUUUGGCCCGUUUUCAUGCCUGGAGAUUAGGUUAUCAUGGAAAAGUAACCUAUCGGCGAGAAGAUCUAUGGAAGGUGGAUUUGACAAAAUGCAAGAAUGUUACAGUUUUUUUGGCUCCAAGUGUGCUCUCAUUGUUGCAGGAGAAACUGCAGGCCGAGCUUCCAGAUGACGCCUUGGUGGUAGCUGGUCGAUUUCCUUUCCCAGACUGGCAGCCCUGCAGGAUUGAGGGGCAUGGUGUGGACAGAGCAUGGGCGUACAGCAUGCAAGCUCAAAAACAAAGACUCUUAGAAAAAAGUCAGCAACAUGUGGACACGGUACAAUGAGUUAUUCGUGAAAAAAAUAUUUAUUUUGCCUGGUUGGAACUGGAAUAUAAGUAACUUUCACCUUAAGGCUUCACAGAAAAUGUUUCAUCUAAAGACUGAAUAUUAUUAUAAAUAUUUACGAUAACUAAAAUUUGUAAAGUUAGCCUGAAAAUGCAUACUUUACUUAUCAUAGUUUUGGAAGAUGAACACAAAAAAUUGAGUUGUUUAACUUCCCAACCAAAACAAAAUCAACCUCACCAAUCUAAUUAUUAAUAUUAUUCGUUCUUAAUUAUUCGUUUGUAAUUCGUUCUUUUAACAGAAGAAUAUGUGUAACUCUAACUUGCAUUAUUAGGUGGACUUGAAUUUCUGAGUUAUUUGUAUUUUGAAAGAAAUACCAAUGACUUUUGUAAUAAAAAAGGCAAAGUUUUAGCCAUUUAGAGCUAACUUUUAACAAUUCGAAACAUUUCAUAGCAACCCAACCUCACAUUGUAUUUUGUUGCAACACGAUUCAAACUGUUGUGAAACUGUUGUUGUGUUAUUAAAAUUGUGCAAACCUGG